AAAUUAUUAACGUCAAACAAAACCUUGAAUUUUCUCAACGCUUUAAACAUUUGGCAAAAAAGAAAAGAAAAGAAAAAAAAAGACUACGUUUUAAUCAAGAAUAAAUCAAGACUGUUGAUAAUAUUUAGAUCGGACGGUGGAAAUUAAUCUCUAUUCGUUUACAUUUAUUUUCCCACUUUGGAGCUUUUCACUUAUACGCUGCAGCUCCCUCUCCUCCAUUGAAGCGUACUCAAAAACCUCCAUUGAAGCGCCUUCUGAGCUUUCUCUCCUCCAUUGAAGAAGCUUCUUGUGGGUUUUGUUUAUAAUAGUACUUUAAUGGUAGGACGGAAGAAUGAAAACGGAGCUGUUGCGGCCGCCGCUCCGGUCCAGCCAUUUUCGGAAGCCAUUGAUAAGCUUAAGUCGACUGACCCGCCGUUAUUUCUAUCUCCAAAUUCUGACCUUUCUAGCUUUGCCCGCUUAGCCUCUCAACAUCUGUUUGCUUCUCUCAAACCAUACUCACCCAAGUCACCUUUUGAUCAGCUUCAUUCGGAUGGGUUUGACGCCGAGCAAAUUUGGCAGCAGAUUGACCUUCAAUCUCAGCCUCUGAUUAAUACUCUUAAACGAGAAAUCAAGAGAUAUGAGGAUAAACCGGAGCAAAUAUUGAAGCUUUUUGGGGUGUCUGGUGCCAAUGGGGUGUUGGAGAAAGAUGUAAAGGAAAAUGUAGAUUUGGGUUUGGAGGGAGAGAGUGAGGAAUCUGAGGGGUUAAGUGAUGAAGAUGAAGAUGACGAAAGUGAGGAGGAUGAGGAAGAUGACGAAGAAGAAGAUGAUGACGAUGAUGAGGAGAAAGAGGAGGAGGAUUUUGAGGAUGAUGGUGAUGGGGUUCCAGAGGUUGAAGAUGAGUUUUUGAAGAUUAAGGAUUUGGAGAAGUAUCUUGUGAGAGAGGAGGAGAAAGAAUAUGGGUCAGAGAAGAAGGAGAGUAAGAAGAAAAAGAAAAAGGCAAAGAGAGGUAAAAAUGCUGAUGAUGAAGAGGAUGAAAGUGAGGAGAGUGAGGAAGAUGAUGCUGAUGAGCUUCUCAUGUAUGGCGGAGAUGGAGGUUCUGAAGAUGGGUCCGAAGAUAACAUCAGGUAUGAAGAUUUCUAUGUUCCUGACAAGAAAAGGCCAGUUAAAAAACAGAAGCAAGUUGACAAGUCAGAUGACUCAGAAAUGGAAGAAGAAAAUGCUGAUGCUUCUGAUGAUCUAGAAAUGGAAGAUAAUGAUGUCGGUGAUGCUGAUGAUUCAGAGAUGGAAGAUGAUGAUGACGGGCAGAACAAGGGAAAUUUGUCUACUUAUGAGAAGGAGCGUGAAAAGAUACAAGCCAAAAUAAAGCAGAUGGAAGCAGAAAAUUUGGCUCCAAAAGAUUGGACCAUGCAGGGAGAGAUAUCUGCAUCCAAGAGGCCAGUAGAUAGUGCAUUGGAAGUGGACCUGGAUUUUGAGCACAACAUAAGGCCUCCUCCUGUUAUAACAGAAGAGGUGACAGCAUCUCUUGAAGAUAUUAUAAAGAAAAGAAUACUUGAGGGACAUUUUGAUGAUGUGCAAAGGGCUCCUAAAGUGCCAACUGCAGCACCCAAGGAAACAAAAGAGCUGGAUGAUAAUAAAAGCAAGAAAGGCCUUGCUGAAAUCUAUGAGGAAGAAUAUGCUCAGCAAACUGGAUUUGUUGCUGCACCCUUGUCAUUUAAUGAUGAAUUGAAGAAGGAGGCAAGCAAUCUGUUCAAAAGAUUGUGCCUGAAGCUGGAUGCACUUUCCCACUUCCAUUUUGCUCCCAAGCCGGUUAUUGAGGAUAUGUCUAUUCAGACCAAUGUUCCAGCUUUAGCCAUGGAAGAGAUUGCUCCAGUAGCUGUGUCAGAUGCUGCUAUGCUUGCUCCUGAGGAAGUGUUUUCUGGUAAGAAAGAUAUCAAAGAGGCAAAUGAAUUAACAAAGGAGGACAGAAAGAAGAGGAGAGCCAAGAAGAAGAGAAAAUACAAAGCUGUAAAUGCGAAAAAAGUAGCAGACCGAGCACCUGAGAAACCGUCCCAAGCUCUGACUGAAGGCAAGGAGCAGUAGUAUCCCUUCAAAUUAAGACUGCCCCUUAAGGUUUGGGCAUUUCUAACAAUUCAUAGGAUGCGAAUUAAAGCUGUCAUAGACAUGGCCACCCUGUUCUUUGAUCACUGGAGGCAUUAUUUAUCAACUAGCUGAAGCCACACAAAGCACUAGUUCCUCACCUGUACUAGAGAAGAAGAGAGUAUACACCACAGAAGAAAUUCGGAUGAUUUUGUUGGGAGCUUCAGGCACAAUUUUGUUAAAAAAAAUAUUAGGUCAUAUCUUACUUAUUUAACUACA